GAACCUACCCAGUAUACAGAAGAGUUUAUCAGCCUCAUCCAUCAGCCUUGACAAGUCUUUCUCAUAAAUUUGAGCAUCUCAAUAAAUCAGUCAAACUUCUCAAUCUCGCCCACACAUAUUUCAGAUCAUCAUCAUGGAAGGACUCACCCCCUCAGAGCAAAGAGAAUUCCAAAGUCGCAUGGAAAGAAAGCAAAUGAAGGAAUUCAUGGGCAUGUUCUCCAACCUCGUAACCCACUGCUUCGACUCUUGCGUCGACGAUUUCUCAACCAAAUCCCUCAUCGCCCGCGAAACCGGUUGCGUCUCCCGCUGCGUUCAAAAAUUCAUGGCAGGAAGUGAACGCAUCGGUCAAAGAUUCCAGGAACAACAAGCACAGAUGAUGAGUCAGCCUCCUCCUGGGUCGAGGUAAAUCUGUUCUUCUGGUCUGGCGAUAUAGAUAGUGGGAGGGGGAGGUGAAAAAAUGGGGUUGUACGA